AUGGCACCGGUAUGGGCUUCAGAUAGCAGUGAUGACGACCUGCCUUCACUGGAGGAUAUUCUAAGCCGCACUCGAGGAGUACCACAGGCAGUUCCCAAGUCUACUUCAAGGAGGAAGCCCAGGGAUGCACCAAAAACUGUGCCGGUACCAGGCGACGAGGAGAAAGCGACGGCACCACCAGCAAAAGAAACCACUGUCAGGCGUCGAAAGCUGGGUCAGACUGUCGACAAUCCUCUUCUUCGACCAUGGGGCCAAGGAACGGAUGAUGAGAAGGCGAGUGGGGCGCGGACUGCCAGCUUGAAGCUGAGUGAACCAGAAAAGUCUACUAGGCUGCGCGUGGAACUUCGGGCUAGAAAACCGCAAGCCGUUGCAGCCGCGGUCGAGUUGGAAGGGUCUGGGGAUGACGAGGAAACGGUGGUAGAGGACAUAACCAUCAUGGACGACUCGGUAUAUUUUUCAUUCUCAGACCCGGACUCGGAUGACGACUUUGUGGUACCAGACUCCGACUUUGGUGAAAUAUUACAACACAAGUCAAAAUCUGUGCGACCUGGGCAGCACAGCAAACGGCCAUCCAGAAAUUUGGGUCAAAUAAAGCUUGAGAACAACGAGGGAAAAAUCGCCUCGAAAUCAAAAACAUCAAUAAGGGAGAAAACGGAAAAAUCAACAACAGAUACCAGGAGUGAAAAAUCCCAAAAUACCACGGAUAAGGAUAAGAAAAAACUAAGCCAUAAGGCAACAAACGAACAGACCCAUCCAUUCUCGGCAGAUGAUGACCUGGCUGGGACAUUAUCCAAGCUCCGAUUAGAGCCCGAGACUAUUCCAUACUCCCGGAGUAAGAAAAGUCAAGAAAAAGGCAGCAAUGAAGGCAUCAUUUCUGAAAGGCCAUCAACGCCACCAAGCACACCACCUAAAUUCCGCCCCAAAGGACUCAUUUCUCCCACAAAGAAACUUCCCAAGAUACCUGCAACGCCACAUGGUCCAACGACAGACGCGUUCUGGAGUCAAGAGUUCAAUGACGAUUGGAACGAACAGCAUUCUCCCAGGAAGCUAUUCCAACCACCCCCAGUCCCAAGUCCGACCAAGAUGAGCCCGACAAAGAAGGAGCAGGCUGUACAGCGCGAGGCCAAGAAGAGCUUCGAGGGCAGCAAACACGAGAUCGCCAACAGAUUCUUGCACGAGUUAGACCAGGUCAUCACGGAAGGCCGGUUAACGAAACUCGCCGAGUCUACCGGCGGUAUCAAACUACAAUGGACCAAGACGCUCAACACGACUGCAGGGCGGGCAAACUGGCGGCGUGAGACGAUCCAACGGAAGCAUUCCCGCGCAGCCGUAGGUUCCGUCGCGCCCGCUGAGAUCGUCACCACAAUCGAGUGCCGGCACCACGCCACCAUCGAACUGGCCGACAAGGUCAUCGACAACGAGGACCGGCUGCUCAACGUGUUGGCGCAUGAAUUCUGCCACUUGGCGACCUUUAUGAUCACCGGCGUGACCACAAACCCGCACGGCCGCGAGUUCAAGUCGUGGGCGGCCAAGUGUUCCCGAGCCUUUGGCCACCGCGGCAUCGAAGUGACGACCAAGCACAGCUACGAGAUCGACUUCAAGUUCGCCUGGGAAUGCGUCGAAUGUGCUGGUGAGUACAAGCGCCACUCGCGCAGCAUCAACCCGCAGAGGCAUCGCUGCGGCAGAUGCAAGGGAGAGCUCCGCCAGACCAAGCCCGUCCCUAGAGGGGCGGCGGCCGGUGGCAAGGCUGGAGAGUCUAAGAAAAAGGAGCCGACGGAGUACCAGAUGUUUAUGAAGGAGCAGAUGAAGAUUAUCAGGGAGGAGAACCCCGGCAGCCCACAGAAGGACAUAAUGAAGCAGGUCGCCGAGAGGUGGUCCAAGGUGAAACCCAAGACGAAGGGUGCGAAAAAGGGUGCAAGUGUAGACGAUCUCGACAAUGCUACCAAGGGUAUGGUAGACCUGACGCUUGAGGGAUAA